UCUACCGCCCGGCUUGUUGUUGGUGCAUGGCGCGAGAUUUUGUUAACAAUUGUUGUUAACAUUUGAACAAUGCACUUGAGUGCAAUUGCAAUUACUUAAUUACAGUUUUUGACACUCACCACUGCCAUAUAACACCAACCGUCGAAUCAGCAAUACGUGGAUACGGAGCCAUAAAUUAAAAUGAGAGUCUUACGCCGCGGGACGGUACAAAAAAUUGUAGUAGGCGUCUGCCUGGUUUUGUUGCUCAUUUCCUUGUAUGUGUUGAACGAAGAGCGGGAUGUGGAUAAAAAUGUUAAAAUCGAAAUUAUCGAGCGCUCCAUUAGGUCGGCCAUGAAUCAAGGCGAAUGCCGACAUCCACACCUACCCGUGGAUAAUCCCGAUAUCAUGAAAUUUUACAAACCAGUGGGAAAAGUACACUGCGGCGAUGGACUAGAUUGGGUCAUUUGCGAGAAAUCCAUUUGCUUUGUGAGGCCAGAGAUAGCUGCCAGUCACGAGGAUGUCAUUUGUUCGUAUACGGACAUAAUACGCAAGUCCGACUACAAGGUGCGCUUUGGGCGAACGCUGAGAAUGAAGGAGCCGUAUGUACUGCAGAGCAGCGACUUUGUUAAAGUUUCAUGCCGCUCGGGCAGCGGUCAAAGCUGGUAUGGUAUGGCCCAUGGCAUACGUGACACUGUGCAAAGACCGCUGGCUGCGAAUUUUGCACCAAAUCUGGCUGUAUUGCCACCCGAGGCAGUGGCCCAGGCCCAGCCUCAGCUGCAGGAAGUGCCGACUGCCUCGUUCUACAAUGUCCUGAUGUUUGGCUUCGAUUCUUUGAGUCGCAACGCCUUUAUGCGCAAGCUGCCAAAGACCUACGAGUAUCUGACCAAUCAACUGGGCGCCACCGUGCUAAAGGGAUAUAAUAUUGUGGGCGAUGGCACGCCACAGGCGCUGGUGCCACUGCUCACGGGCUUUACGGAACUGGAGCUGCCAGAGACAAGGAAACGAUUUUCGGGCUCGGGCAGCGUGGAUUCAUAUCCCAUGAUUUGGCAGGACUUUGCACGUCUCGGCUACAUGACUUCCUUCAACGAGGACUUGCCCAAUGUUGGCACCUUUACGUACCGCAUGAACGGCUUUCAAUCGCAGCCCGUGGACCACUAUCUGCGCACUUAUUUCGUACAGGCAGAGCAAAUGGCAAGCGACAGUCAGCCCAACUGUAUUGGCCAUCAGCCGGAUCAUCUCACCAUGCUGGAGUACACCAAGAAUUUUAUGCUUAAAUAUAGAGAUGCACCGCGCUUUGUCUUUAGCUUUCAUGGCGGACUCUCGCAUGAUUCCAUCAAUCUGGUGGGCGCCGCCGAUGAUGAUGUGCACGACUGGCUGGUCACGCUCAAGGAGAGAUCUCUGCUGGACGACACCAUUCUCAUUUUUAUGGCCGAUCAUGGCAAUCGUUUUGCCGAGGUGCGUGCGACACUGCAAGGCAAACAGGAGGAGCGACUGCCGUUCUUUAGCUUUGCCUUUCCCGAGUCCUUUAAGAAGCGUUUCCCCCAGGAGUACAAGAACUUUGUGGCCAACGAGCAGCGCCUCACGACGCCAUUCGAUGUGCAUGCCACACUGAAGCAUAUCAUUCAGCUGCAGACUGCCAGCGAUGAAGAGUCGACGGUCGAGAGCAACGACAUGCACAUACACAUCUCGGAGUUGGCUCGAGGACGCGCCAUCUCGCUGCUGGAGCCCAUACCCAGCAAUCGAUCCUGUGCCGAUGCCUACAUAGAGCCACACUGGUGCGCUUGCCUCAAUUGGCGCUCGCUGCAGCUGAAUGACACUCAAUACGCUGGCAUCAUCCUAAAGGUGGCUCAGAGCAUUGUGGACACCAUCAAUGCGGCCACAGUCGAGCAGCGAGGACUCUGCGCUCCCCUAGAGUUGCUUCGCGUGAAUUGGGCACUGCGCCUGCAGCCGCACAAGGAACUGCUGCAGUUCAAGACAAACAGCGACAGGGAUGGCUUCCUGGCGGAUUUGACAGGCCAGACAGAGAUACACGAUGAGAUGUAUCAGCUGCAGCUGGUCACACAGCCCGGCAAUGGGCUGUACGAGGCCAGCGUGUCCCACAACCUGCAGACAUUCAGUGCCACAACGAAACUCACGGAUAUCUCACGUGUGAACAAGUAUGGCAAUCAGGCCAGAUGUAUCUACGAUCGUGAUCCAGAAAUGCGGAAAUAUUGCUAUUGCCGCGACUAGUCAACGUAAACUCUCUCUAGUCUCACUGCUAAUCAAUUAGCUCGAAUAAUAUUCGAAUAAACCAUUGCUGUUAUGA